GGCAUCGGGAAGAAUCCAGUAAACACGUCGCAGCUCGAGCCAAGUGUCGACGCUGACGUCACAUUGAGAACUCGAGUCGAGCUGAGUUGUAAGCGCGAGCACCGACGGAGGCACGCGCCGAUGCAACGGGCUCUGCUAAUGUUUUCCUGUUUCCGCUACUCUGUUUGAGAAAAGGGGAUCCGACUAGUUUCUGGAGAUUUCUGUUGCUCCGACCGCGUAAACAAGCGGACGGACAUUUUGGAUCGUGUGUGUUCGCUUCGGGGCUCCAACAUGUCGUCCGCGGCCGUCGCUGCCUCCAGAAGGCAGUCCUGUUAUCUGUGUGAUUUACCUCGGAUGCCGUGGGCCAUGAUCUGGGAUUUCACCGAGCCCGUGUGUCGUGGAUGUGUCAACUACGAGGGUGCCGAUCGGAUUGAGUUUGUCAUCGAGACCGCUCGUCAGCUCAAAAGGGCACACGAUUUCCAGGAGGGCCGCUCUGCAGGCCCGGGAAAGCCCCACCACGCCGGGAAGGAGCUCAGCCAUUCGGUAGGAGACCUUAGCUCUCGCCCGCCGCAGCAUCUGGACCGCUACCCGCCGUCGGAGCGGCCACCCCGGUUGGGAUUGGAAUACCAGACGGGUCGACAGGCGAACGGGCUGCCCUUACCGAAUGGAUUCCCCAAACCCGACGAGCCCCCGGAACUAAACCGCCAAAGCCCCAACCACCGCCGGACUAGCACGCUUCCUCCUAACCUGGUGCCUUUGGUCAGCGGCAGCAUGUCGGCCGCUCAUCCGCUCAACGGCCGCUCCGGGCUGGCCGGGCCCGUGGAACAUCACGGGAAACGUUUUGAUGAACUGAAAGAUAAACUCAGGCCGGACAGCCUGUCGGACAUGGCAGACAGCCACAAGGACUGGAUCGGUAAAGGCAAGACGGUCCGGGACCUGAUGGCGCUGCACACGUUCGACAGCAGGUUCAAGAAGGACCAGACCAGCAUGCAGCGCGUGCUGGCGUAUGAGGCGAGCGCCAGCUCCUCCAAAACAGAUCGGGGGAGGCACGCCCGCCCUGUGAAAAGGAAAGCCUCCCCCGAACCCGACGGUGACGCCGGUGCUCCCAAGAUGAACUGUGAAGGUCAGCCGUGGCUCUCCGCAGAGGUCCUGAAGAUUACACCAUCCUCCCUGCCAGGCUUCUCGGGUGCUCCCUCUUCCACCACGUCUCCCCACGCUCACACCACCCUGCCUGAAGCCGCCAUGGCCCAGAACGGCCAGUCGCCCAUGGCGGCGCUCAUCCAUGCCACCGACAAUGCAGGAAGCACGGGCUCCCCUAAGGAUGGCAGCCAGGUGCACUCCACCACGGCAGGUGCUCGAAGGAACAGUGGCAGCCCUUUGUCUCCCUCUCCAGCCUCCCAGAGGAGACUGGCCCAGAGGGAGGGCUCUGGAAGCACCAGCCUGUCUACUCCACCCGCUCCUGGCAGCAUUGACCCCCACGUGCCAUCAUCACAGAGCCUCCCGGACUCUUCGGUACCUCUGGGCAGCGUGCCGCUGUGCUGCACUCUUUGUCACGAGCGGUUGGAGGACACUCACUUUGUCCAGUGUCCAUCGGUGCUGUCACACAAGUUCUGCUUUCCCUGCUCCCGGGAGAGCAUCAAGCAGCAGGUCGCCACCGGUGAGGUGUACUGCCCCAGUGGGGCGCGCUGUCCUCUGGUCGGCUCCAACGUGCCCUGGGCAUUCAUGCAAGGGGAAAUAGCCACCAUCUUGGCUGGGGACAUUAAGGUAAAAAAGGAGAGGGACCCAUAAGUCCAUCCAGAUCUUUUAGUCUUUUCUUGGACUUUAAGCAUUUCUAUAUAUUUAACCAUCUGAGGCACAGAGGGACGUCCGUCGUGACCCAGUGGAUGUUCGGACUAUUCACUAGGGAGGUGUAUAAUUUGUAAACAUGCAUUUUUUUUUUCCAUACUUUGUGUUUCUGCAUUUUGGAGAAGGACGGGUGUGUACUCUUCACCAUCACAUCUAAUGUCUGUGAGGUCUGGAGACAGUCCUGGCCAGUAGCAUGUGACUAGUUAGUAGGGCUGGGCGUUACGGCCCCAAAUCACUGUCAACAUAUUCACCUCAGCGAAGUUCACCUCGAUUACGAUAACCGUCCGCACGCGUGAAGACAACGGUUCGUCCACUAAAUGGGGCUGUGGCUGCAUCCACAGCCAGUUUUAGUGACGUCUAAUUCCCCCAGAACAUCCGAUCCACCUGUGUUUAAUUCCUCUUUUAUGAAACUAAUACUCAGUACUAAGUACUUGUAGUUAAGAAGGUAAAUUAAAUAAAGCAUAAGCGCAACAGAAGUAGAAAAGUACAAGUUCCCUUCAAACACAAAGGGUGCAGGUGACGUUUAGGUCGAUAAUUCAGCUCUAGAGGUGGAACUGAUGUACGAGACGGACUUGUUCCAUGCAGCGGAUGUUCUAGUGUUAUGGAUGUAUAGAUAUUGUGGAUUGCAGCUGAUCAAAACCCCACAUUCAGACAAUCAGAAUACCAUGAAAAGGUUCAACAAUCUAGACUCAGUGUGGCACUGAUCAGCUGAUGGAUCAGAACACCUGAAGGGUUCCCGAGGCUUUAGGUGGUCUCUCAGUUUGAGCUGAAUUACUGACAUUAAUGGACUUUUGCACCAGAUUCUCCUCGUUCCUGUUUCACCUGUGUAAGGUGUUCUGAUGUUCUGGAGGUGGAUGUGAUGAACAGCUGUUGUCAGGUGGCCAGGUUCUCUGUAAAGGUGGUGGAUGUGCUCGCCUCCUGUUGCUGCCGCCGGCCCCACUGGCCACUUGCCGCCCGUGGCGGCGGAUAGCGGCCAGCAGCAGAGGUAGGUCUGGUCGACAAGAAGCUUGUUCCUAAAAACGCAGCAUUUUGGAUUUGGCUCCAGUCCAUCCGCUUCGUAACACGGACGCGUCGCUGAUGACGUCGGUGAUCGUCCUAACGGCCAUUUUAUCGCCCACCUCUACUAAUUGGAGCACUUGGUCCAAUAAAGACGUGAACGUAUGCUUCUAGCUGUACAUGUAUGCACUUGUUUAAAACAUCAACCAAAUACACUUUCAGAUUCAGUA